AUGCCGUCAUCAACACAGCAAAGACACCUGCCUUCUCUACGGUCUACCGCUAUAUACUUCCUCUGCGCCCUCGUACCCGCCUCCGCCGCUCCCCGCCGCCAUUCACCACCCGGCGGCCCCUUUCGCGCUCUGCAAUCCGUGCCGACAGGCAUGGCGCUGUCGCGGGUCAUUACCGGGCUGUACGCCAACGACACAGCCCCUGCGCAAAUCGUCGUGCACGACGUCAACGGCCGACCGUCAUGGACGUGGAGCGCCGCCGAUGCCGCCGCGCAGGCCGACAUGCCCGCGGACCUGCUCCGCUGCAUCCAGUCGCCGACGGCUGUGCCCGAGGCGAAAUGGGCCAAUUCCGGCCGGAGCGUGCUGAGCAUCUACAACGCGGCCGCGCUCAUCAUCAACCACACGCCGGGUGGCAGCAGCGGCGACGGCCAGGACAAGCGCGUCACGUUUGGCGUGUGCCUCGACCGGGACGGCAUGACCAACACGCACAGCCUGGAGCUCGUGCCCGAUGGGCAGCUGGCCAUCGCCACGACGAAUCCGGGCGCGGCCGGCAGCAUCGUCAUCUUCAACGUAUCGGCGGGCUUGCAGGCCAACGCCGCGCCGGCGCAGUCGCUCAACGGGCUGCCGGCCGCGCACGGGCUCGUCUGGGAUGAGGCGGCGAGGCUGCUCUGGGGCGUGGGCAACAGCGCAGACCCGUCGGGCGCAUUGCCGGCGGCGCCAGCGCUCGCGGGUUACCGGUACGGGCGCGGCGCAUUCCAGUCGACGAACCCGACGUACCUCUACAACGUGACGGGCAGCGCCGCUGGCGCCGGCGUCAAGCUGGGCACCGAGUGGAACGGCACAGAGUACGCGGAAUGGUGGGACGGCGGCCACGACGUGACGGGCGUGCCAGGCCGCCGUCAGCUGCUCUUCUCGACCGACACGGACCUGCACGUCUUUGAUAUUGACUCGCAGACGUUUGAAAGCGGCGCCGCCGUCGCGCGCAAGUACCUGCCGGGCUUCAUGCCUGUCGACAGUCGCGUCGGCGCCGACGGCCAGGCGCUGCCGCGCUCCGACAUCAAAUCGCUCAGCAUCGACGGCAACCACAACGUGCUGUACGUGCAGGCCGCUUGGCAGGACGUGACCUCGAAUCACAUCAACCUGCUCGAGAACGGCAGGCUGCAGCCGGGGCUGACGUAUUCGCAAGCCUUGUAUCGGGCGCGGUGGUUUGCCGAUACGCCGACGUGGCCCAAGGCGCGUAUGCAACCGUCUUCCUAG